GUAGCUAUAAAGCUGUCACUUCCAAUUUCACUCUGGGAUUUAAGCCUCGUUUUGAGAUGGCUGAUGUGCAGAAUCUAAUGUACUUAGCAUAUUGUUUUACAUUUAAAAUAGUAAUCUUUGUCAGCAAAGAAUAAAAAUGUACUGCUUUAAAGUGCUGUGAGUUCUAGAUCUGAGUAAGAGUGAAAUCACUUUUUUUUUUUUUAUAUAUCAGAAUUAGAAUCUAAUUUUGAAAAUGUCUCGCCUUGAAGCUAAAAAGCCUUCAUUAUUUACUAGUGAACCUUUAACUACAGUUAGUCAGCCACUGUCUCUGUUAAUUGCAAUAUUAAAAUCUUGCUAUGGGCCUGCUGGUAGACUUAAACAGCUCCACAAUGGCAUGGGAGGCUACGUUUGUCUAACUUCACAAUCUUCAGCCAUACUUGGUCGUCUUUCUGUCAGUCACCCUGUAUUAAAGGUUUUGACAGCCUCUGUGCAGAACCAUGUGUCCCGCUUCAGUGACUGUGGCUUAUUUACUGCCAUUCUUUGCUGUAGCUUGAUUGAAAGCUUCAAAAACCUAAAUAUUGCAUCUUGCACUGUCAUAAAAAUAAGCAAACAUCUUUUGAGUUUGUGUACUGACUAUCUCAGGUCUGAGGCCUGUGCUUGCCGAGUGUCUGUGGAUUUUAGUAAUCUUGAGACUCUUCUUUGUUUGGUCCGUAGCAUAUUAAUAAGCAAACCUGCUUGCAUGCUUAAUAAAACAGAGGUUGAUCAUCUUGCUGUGCUAAUUGUAAAGGCUUUUAUGUUUACUGUUCCAUGCCAUCCUGAAACUAAGCCUGUUUUAGGAAAAUGUAUAACAGUACCUGUGAAAGGUAGAAGAGUUCUGGAUUCUGCAGUUAUUCCUGGGCUAUUGAUAGAAACACCAGAAAUUCAAUUUGCAAAACUGUUUUCUGUCAAAAGAACUUCCUCUGACACUGUCAAGGUAGCAGUUUUCUGUGUGUCCAUGUCAGGAGACCUCUUUGACCCAGAAGAAGGAACAGUAACAGUCCACCAAAGAGUUUCUUUAGAAAUGUCAGAGCUGGAUCAGUUGCUUAAUGUAGGAAAGCAGUUGGUUAACAAUGAAGUUGGCCUUGUAGUGUGCCAGAAAGUUAUCCAUCCAUCAUUGAAACAGUAUCUGAAAGAUAACCAUGUCAUUGCUGUGGACAGGGCUGGGCUAUCAGUGAUGGAACCCCUGAGUCAAGUGACAGGUUCAAAGCCUAUAGCUUCCAUAUAUUCACUGUCUCCCAGUUGUUACGGCAGUUUGAAGGACGUGUGUGCCAAGAGUUUUGCCUCCAAACACUUUGUGCAUCUAAUUCCUAAUGACACGGUUGCUUGCAGCUUGAUACUCUGUAACAGAAAUGAAACAACUUGGGAUGAACUGAAGCGUGCCUGUGAAACUGCAGAGCAUGUGUUGCAGUUAACACUCAAGGAACCCUUGGCAUUGUUAGGAGGUGGCUGUACUGAAACUCAUUUGGCUUCGUACCUAAGACAAAAGAUUUGCUGUCUGCCCACUAGCAGUUCUCAAGAUGUGGAUUGUUCUCAGACGCAAUAUCAGUUGAUCGCUGAUGCGUUUUGUCACUCAUUGGAGUCUGUAGCUUGUUCUCUGAGUCAUGAUAAUGGAGAAAUUCUCACUGAUAUGGCUUAUGGACACUGUUGGCUUGUUCCAUCAGGAUUUCCUUCUGUCUCUAAUUGGUCAGAUUUACUUUCGAAAUGUGGCUGUGGAAUAAACAGUAGCACAAAGGAUCUCAGCUGGAGACAUUUGCGACCCCUCUUUGGCUCUUCUCCUAUAGAGAGCUCCCCAAAAGAGCCUUCGGUAAAGGUUGCUGACUUUAUGACACUGGACUGCUUUGCUGCAAAGUUUAAUGGCCUGCAAGUAGCUGUGGAGACAGCCAAUUUGAUUUUGAAUCUCUCAUGCAUAAUUGAAGAUCAAAAUUAGCUCUGUGAUGUGAAUUGUGUUGUGCAGUCAUAUUACUCUGCUUCCAGUUAAGAAUCUAUAACAUAUUAAGGUACCUAGGAAUGGUUGUGUAUGGACGACAGACAGAAAUUAAGUCAAAUAGUUGGCCAGUAAGUAUUCAUCUAGUUGUUCAUCUACAGACAUGGCAUUUUCAAACGUUGAACGUGUUGGAAGCUGCUAAAUGGUUAACCACGUAUCCCGUGAAGCACCAAUUAGUAUAUUCAAAAGAACAAAUGCCUCUUCAAAAAUUUUCUGAGAAACUCAAAUGUUCUCCAGAAAAUAGUUCUGAAUUUAAAGAGUCUGCCUGGUGGUCUUCCUGUACAAUGCACGGUGUUGGAUGUUUCUGUCAACUCCAAGGCCUCUUCAGAGAAGUAGGGGAAACUGAUUGACUUACUGAGAAAAUAUGGAUUAGGAUUUAUGUAGCCUUAGCAAAAGCUUUACGUGUUCAGACAGACUUUGUAUUGUGGCAAGACAUUAUUACUGUUUUUAAUGUUUUAAGUAACAAGAGAAUAUCUUCCUUAGCAAGUCCCUUAAGCAGCGUUUCCUAUUUUCAAAUUUUGUUCUGAAGAUGUUUUGGUCCUUUUCUGUAUGCACUUUGUUUCUAAAUUGCUGGAAGAUUUUCAAUUCACAUGUAACUUGUUUAGCAAGGUAUUAAACCGAGUCUCUUAAAUGUAGCAGGUAAUGACACAUCUGGAAAAAAAAAAAAAAGGCUGACUGGGGGUGUGAAAAAAGCUUUCAGACAGUGGACCCUUACUGUUGUCUUUGGAAUACAAGAUGGCUUAUAAAUAAUGUUUCUGUCAUUGAAGCAAAGCUGCAAAAAUGUGCCAGUUACCAUUCCCUUAACUCUUUGUGCAUUGGUUCUUUUAAAAAGAAAGGCUUUGAGCUUUGCAGGCUUAUUUUGAUCUUUAAGUAAGGCUGAUUGGAGGUUGGUUGAUGCUUUCUCGUUUUCAGCAUGCAUGUGAGGAAAAAAAGGUUGUUACAAUUUCUUCUUCCUUUUUUAAUCUGUUUUCUCCUCCUUCUGUUUUCAGUCACAGGGAACAAAUAUUCAUGACAUGCCUUUCCAGAAAACGGAAUUACUUAUAGCCUGCUUAUUUUUCCUGAUUUAAUAUAUGUACUGAAUAUAAACAGUGACAUUGUCUUGUAUAACUCAGUUUUGAAAGGUAGAAUUAAAAGCAAAUUUUUCCAGG